UGUGUCACAUAUACGUAAAGGUUUGUGUGCUAGUUUGGACAAGGAAUGAGUUCUAGAGUGUUUCAGAAUAUGAAAUCUCAUUGUAAGUGGUGUUCAUCGAAUUAUAAUUAUGUAAUUGUAUUAAUCUUGAGUAUUAUAUUCUUAACUUUUUCUUUUGUUUAAAAGUUGACUUUUCUAUUACGUAGUUAAUUUUUUGUUGUAUGAAGAUAAAACCCCCCUUGAUCAAUUUUCUGGCUCCGCCACUGGUGGUAUGUGCAUCAGUUUGAUGAUGUACACACACAUGAAACGAUCCCCAGAGAAUAUAGACACUACAUGAAAGGGAAACGUCGUAUGAGUGAUGCAGUCAAAGCAUUGAUAAAUUUUAGAAGAGCUGCAGGUAUGAAAACUUCUCAAAUUGUGAAUAUGGCCGUACCAGAAGGAGGAGGCUACGACAAUUUGGGGUACACGAGGAAGGAUGCAUAUAAUUAUGCGGACAAAGAGAGGAAAGAACAAAUCAGUGAAGGUGAUGCCGCAACAGCCCUAGCCUACCUGCAAGCUAAAUGCAGCGCAGACGAUCAUUUCAUUAUUGAACUAAAGAAGGAUGACGACGACCGACUUAUUAACAUCUUGUGGGUCGAUAGUGUUUAUGUUGCUGAUUAUGCAUGCUUUGGAGAAUUACUGUCAUUCGAUGCUACUUACAAAAGGAACAUUUACCAGAUGUCUCUCGUGAUUUUUUCAGGUGUCAACAACCAUUCGCAAACUUGCGUAUUUGCAUGUGCUUUCUUGGCUAACGAGAAAGAGGAUAAUUAUUUUUGGGUGUUGGGAGCUUUGAAGAGAAGGCUAGGCGGUGUAGAUCCCAAGACUGUUAUUACAGAUGGGUAUAAAGCAAUGCGUAAUGCUAUUCAUAAAGUAUUUCCUGAUACAACACAUCGUCUAUGUCCCUGACAUAUAGACAAGACUAUAACCAUAAAUGUGAAGAAUCAUCCUACUUUUUUGCCCCGAUGGAAGCAUUUUGUGUCAGCUGAUUGGGAACCUUCAGAAUUCGAAGAAAAGUGGAAAUCAGUGGUUGAGGAAUGCUCCCUUCAGUACAACAAUUGGGUCUCCAACUUAUUUGAGCAAAGACAUGAAUGGGGGUUUACAUAUUUGCGUUCGAAGUUCUUCGCAGGCUUGAGUACAACAUCAAGAUGUGGAGGACUGAACUCUCAACUUGCCAAUUAUAUUGAGAAGGAUAAAAAUCUCCUUGAGUUCUUUACUCACUUUGAUCGUUGGACUAGGGAUAUGAGGGAGAAUGAGCGUCAUGCUGAUUUUGAAUCCAUUCAUCGAGAACGAACCAUCACAAGCAAUGUCUUAGUCUCACUUCAGAAGAGUGGAGCGGCGGUUUUCACAAAGAACGCAUUCUUCUUAUUCAGAGACGAGGUUGAAAAGUUGGCAUGUUGCAUAAGGGUGGAGUCAGAGCGAUCGGAAAUUGAGCGUGUGUACAAGGUCAAGGUGUCUGGCAUGGAUAAGGUUUUUCAAGUCACGUACACAGUUGAACCCUUUGCAAUGGAGUGUAGUUGUAAUCACUACGAUUAUAUGGGAAUACCAUGCCGUCAUAUGAUUUUUGUACUGAAAGAAGAGAGCAUACUGGAACUUCCUGAAGGCCUAGUACGUCGAAGAUGGUCAAAGAAGUCGAAGACACUAGAGAGCUUGGAGGCUCCGAAUUUUCUGUUCGGAGUUACUCUUACCAAGCUUAGUCCAUUCAUAUAACCGGUGCCGGAGGGCUUUAAGUUUGCACCAUAGACGAAACAUCGGGGUACCAUCAAAGCUCAUAUCCCACACCUCCUAAUGUAUUGUUGCUAAUAAGUUUAUUAACAUGCU